AUGCUAGCUCUUAAACAUUAUAGAUUAAGCUUGUUUAAAAGCCGAGUUACGACGGUACGAUGUAAUCAGAUAAGGUUUCAACUGUCAGUACCUCCACAACCCAAGAAAAAAUCGAAACUAGUGGGCUUUUUCAAAUUUGGGGUUACUAUAGGUUUAGGUACGAGUGUUUUGUAUAAUACCAAUGAUACAUUUCAUGAUGUCACCAGACAUUCAUUCUUAACCUUGGAGAGAGUGGGUGUAGUAACUGUAGCUACUUUCAGAUGCUUCAAACUAUACAAGGAUGUGCUUGACGGGGAUUAUGAUUCACCUAACGAUUAUAAUAUGGCCAUGAAGAGAGUUCAUAAACGUGCAGCCUAUAUUACUUUGAAAGCUUUAGAAACAAAUGGGGGGAUUUAUAUCAAGUUGGGACAACAUAUAUCAGCAUUAACAUAUCUUUUACCCGAAGAAUGGACUUCAACUAUGAUACCUUUACAAGAUAGAUGUCCCAAAUCAACUAUGGAAGAAAUCGAACAGUUAUUCAUCACAGAUAUGGGAGUUGAACUUUCAGAAAUCUUCAGUGAAUUCAACCCUGAACCCGUGGGUGUAGCUUCCUUAGCUCAAGUCCAUAUGGCAACAUUGAAAAAAACUGGUCAAGAAGUAGCUGUGAAAAUUCAACAUCCUUCAUUGAAAGAGUUUGUUCCUUUAGAUGUUAAAUUAACCAACUUAGUAUUUGAAUUAAUGCGUAAAGUGUUCCCAGAAUAUCCUUUGACUUGGUUAGGAGAAGAAUUACAAAAUUCUAUUUAUGUAGAGUUAGAUUUCACUAACGAAGCAAAAAAUGCUCAAGGUACUCAAGAAUUCUUUAAAGACCGUAAGAAACUAACUGCUUUGAAGGUUCCUGACAUUAUCGAAGCUAACAAGAGAAUAUUGGUUAUGGAAAGAGUCAACGGUGCUAGAUUAGACAAUUAUGAAUAUUUAAUGAAGAACAAUAUUAAUCCUUCAGAAGUAUCUAGUUGUUUAUCUCACAUCUUCAACAGUAUGAUCUUUGAACCAAAUGCUUCAUUACAUUGUGAUCCUCAUGGAGGAAACCUCGCCAUCCGAGCCAUACCCAAAUCACAAUCCAAAAAUGGCCAUAAUUUCGAAAUUAUUUUAUAUGAUCAUGGAUUAUACAGAACAAUCCCAUUGUCGAUGAAACGUGAUUAUUCUCAUUUCUGGUUAGCUGUUUUGAAUAAGGAUGUUCCAUCAAUGAAGAAGUAUGCCGAAAAAAUUGCUAAUAUAGAAGGAGAUCAAAAAUUCAGGAUAUUUAUAUCAGCCAUAACAGGUAGAGAUCCCAAUCAUGCUAUGAAUUAUGAUAUAAGCACCACCAGAAGUGAAGAUGAAGCUUUAAGCAUACAAUAUCAAUUACAUAGCACCGAUGGAGCUUUAGAAGAUUUAAUGGAUAUCUUAGCCACCAUGCCAAAAAUUGUAUUAUUAAUUUUGAAAACUAAUGAUUUGACCAGAAACUUAGAUGAGAAUUUAAAGAAUCCUUUGGGUCCUGAAAGAACCUUUCUCAUCAUGGCAAGAUAUUGCGCUGAAACAUUAUUUGAUGAAGAUAAAGAGGAGGCCAAUAGAAAUUCAAAAUUCUCUUUCAAAUGGAUUACCAGAACAAUCAAAGCUUGGUGGAAUUACCAAUCAGUGGUGAAUUCAUUGAUUUUAUUUGAUUUAUUCUUAAUGGUGAAGAACUUCAAAAACAACUUGGGUUUGUAG